AUGGCGGCGGGGGCGGCGGCGGCGGCGGGCGCGUACAGCCUGGGCCUGGCCAACGAGCGGCUGCGGCUGCUGGAGGAGCUGGAGCGCGAGAUCGGCGCGGCGCUGCAGAGCGCAGGGACGGUGAUCCUGGAGCUGUCCAAGGAGAAGCCGAGCGAGCGGCUGCUGGACCGGCAGGCGGCGCAGUUCGGGGCCUCGGUGCAGAAGGUGGAGGCGGAGCUCUCGGGACAGAUCCGCUACCUGACGCAGGUGGCCACCCGGCAGCCGCACGAGGGCUCGAGCUACGCGGCGCGCAAGGACUGCCAGAUGGCCCUGAAGCGCGUCGACUUCGCCCGCCUCAAGCUGGCCGAGCUGGGCCGCGCCUGCGAGCAGAUGCUGGAGCAGUAGCGCCGGGUCCGGGCCGCCCCAGGGACCCUCCCCGGCGCGGGCGCCGACCGACGGCCCGCUUCCGGGACCCCGCGCGGAGCCCGGCCUGGAGCGGCUGCUUGCGGGAGGCUGGAGGUCCCCGGAAGUUUGGGGCGGAGGGCGCAGAAGUCGGCCCUCCUUUGGCAGGCCCCGGCUGGUUUGUGGACGCGUGUCGGAAGCCUUCAGACGCCCCAUCAACAACCUGGCCUUGUUUCUCGGACUCCUCGUGGUGGGAAAGCCACUGUGUGGUUUGAAGCCCCCCAAAUACAGUGGGUUAAUUCGGAAA